AUGCUGUCUUCUCCACUUCAAGUGAUUGUGACUGAUUUCUUAAUCGUUGGCGGAGGCAGUGCUGGAUGCAUUUUAGCUGCUCGAUUAGCUGAAUAUGGUUUUGAAAUUCUUCUUGUAUCUAGUGGCUCAAAUGACACGUCGAAUGUUUUAAUGAGGCAACAGUCGGAGUUCGAUCGCUUGGAGAGUACUUUGUUCUACAAACAUUAUUUGCCUGCAGACUCAUCACCUAAUCUCAAUAACCGAACUUUGGAUGUCACCGUAUGGAACACGCUUGGAGGAAGUAGCGUUAACAGCGGUGGAAUGGAAAGAAUGAUGGCGAAUGAUUGGAAUUCAUUUUUUGACGCAACCGGGGAUUCAUCAUUCAGUUACGAGAAUAUGUCCGAAUAUUACAAGAUGGUUGAAAACUUUACAUCGAAUCGCUCAUAUGGAAGCACCAACAUUCAUGGAAACAGUGGCCCGAUAAAAAUAACCCAAGCUCGUGAUGCUAUAUUCCACGAUGUAUGGAAAAGUGUGGCUGAUGAGGUCAAUGAAAUAUUUAGUGAGGAUUUAGCAGAUGCUGUCGAUCAUGGUUUAUCAUUCGAACCCUCCUCGUUUACGAAUGGAUUUCGAAGUUGGAGUGGUGAUGCGUAUUUGAAUCCUGCUAUGGCCAAAUAUCCGAAUCUUCAUGUUAUGACAAGUGCUACAGCCAUUAAGUUCAAUUUGAAUGAAGCAACAAAGCACAUAGAUAGCGUUUUGUUCAUGUCGUCGGAUGGCUUUUUUAACGGUGUCGCGAGAAAAGAAUAUAUUUUGUCUGCUGGCGCAUUCUACAGUCCUCAUCUUCUCAUGCUGUCUGGUGUCGGUGAUCCUGACAUUCUUCAAAAACACCAACUUCCAGUGAAACAUGAAUUGAGACAAGUGGGUAAAAACUUGAUGGAUAAUGGUGUGUUAAUUAUGCAAUAUAGUGCAGAAAAUAUUCCUAUAAAUCAAUCAAUACCAGUUGGUUUAGUCAAUACUCAUGUGCCUACAACAAAUUUGAAUCCUGAUACUUUUUUUAUUCUAAAAAUGAACGAAAAAUCAAAGCGACUGUUUGUGGUGAUAUUAAAUGCUGCACCGAAAUCCAUAGUCGGCUCCAUUUCACUUCACAAUGCUAAUCCACUAACGCCACCGAAAAUAAGCAUGGAUUAUUUUGAAGACAAAAAAGAUCUUCAAACAUUCGUGGACAGUAUACAUUACACACGGAAAGUUAUGUCAACCAGUGCGCUAAACAAGUUCGGCCCCAUCAUAGAAAUUUUACCAGGAUUGAAAGAAAUGGACUUGGUCACGUAUGUUAAAAAUACAUUAACUCCUAGUUAUCAUUUCAUUGGGACAUGCAGCAUGGGAAAGAAUGCUCAGAAUUCUGUGGUUGAUAGUAACUUCAAAGUUCAUGGAAUAAAAAAUCUUAGGAUUGUCGAUGGGUCAAUUUUUCCAGCUGGAUUUGCCUCGAAAACAGGACCUUGUUUAACCAUUUAUGCUUUAGCAGAAAAAGCGGUCGAUCUUUUGCUCAAAGAACACUUAUAA